AUGUCUUUGAUAAAAAAGUCGACAAAAAUAGUCAUAACUGGAACAUCCUCCAACUUAGGUUUCAAUAUAGCAAUCAGAUUAUUAGAGAAAUUACCAAAUGAUAAAGAAAUAACAUUAAUAGUUACAUCAAGAACAUUACCAAAAGUUAAAGAAUCAAUAAAUGAUAUCAAAAAAUUUAUAAUUGAAAAAAUUCCAGAUAAAAUAAAGUUGGUUGAAUUUGAUUAUUUACUUGUUGAUUUUACAGAUAUGGUGUCCAUCCUAUCUGCAUAUUACGAAUUAAAUAAGAGAUACAAGCAUAUUGAUUAUCUAUUUAUAAAUGCAGCACAAGGAGUUUAUGGAGGAAUUGAUUGGAAACAAGCUACAAUAGAAGUAUUAUCAAAUCCAAUUGAAGCAGUCACCAAUCCUACUUAUAAAUUACAACGAACAGGUGUUGAAUCUAAUGAUAAUUUAGGAUUAGUAUUUCAAGCUAAUGUAUUUGGACCUUAUUAUUUUAUUCAUAAAAUUAAACAUUUACUAGCUAAAGGGGGGAAAGUAAUAUGGAUUGGAUCAUUAAUGUCUGAUCCUAAAUAUUUAUCUUUUAAUGAUUUACAAUUACUUAAAUCUCCUGAAAGUUAUGAAGGAUCAAAAAGAUUAGUUGAUUUAUUACAUUUUGGAACUUACAAAUCUUUGGAAAGUGAAUAUGGAAUUUAUCAAUAUUUAGUUCAUCCAGGUAUAUUUAUAAGUUUUUCAUUUUUCCAGUUUUUAAAUAUUUUCACAUACUAUGGAAUGUUAAGUUUCUUUUAUAUAGCAAGGUUAUUGGGGUCACCUUAUCAUAAUAUCUCAGGUUAUAUUGCUGCUAAUGCUCCAAUUCAAGCAGCAUUGGGAAAUGUAAAACAAUCUACAAAAGCUGGUUCUGCAUGUACGAGAUCAGGGAAAGAAUAUUUGAAAUUUGAAGAAGUUGAUACUACAGGUUCAGAAGAUAUAGUUAAAUAUUUUAAUGACUUAGUUGAGGAAUGGGAUUUUAAACUAAAGGAUCAAAUAGUAAAUACUCGUGUACCUAAUUAA